AUGUCAGAGCUGCAGUGCUCUGUGUUUGAGGGCACGUCGGUGGCAAACUUCAUUUUCCUGAUUGCUAUAACCGGUGGUAUAGUAGUUAGUUAUAUUCCGCAGUAUAUAAGGAUUUGGAAUAGACGGAGUUCGGAAGGUCUUUCUACCAAUUUCUUACUUUUAGGUUCGAGCUCUUCGCUCUUCACAUUGACAAAUAUCAUCUUGGUAAGUUCCAAGGCUCGUCAUUGUUGCUUUAUUGGUGCGUUAAGUGUAUUCAAUUGUUUGAAUUCAUUAAUUAGUUUGUUUCAAAUAGGAACACAAUCUGUAUGUGCUGUACUCAUAUUGGUGUUUGUUUUGAUAUGGACAGGUAAUUCUGUGCUUCAAGAUAAACAUGAAUAUUCUCGGAUUGUCAAAGUGGGCUAUUUUGUGCUUAUUCAUGCUAUAGUAUCUAUAAUCCAAGUGUUUGUUGGACUUAUGUUUGGAGGAAAGGUACUUCUAAGACUUGCUCAAUUGAAUGGAUUGAUGUCGACAUUAUUAACAUUCAUAAAAUAUGUCCCACAAAUUCAUACCACCUACAAAUUAAAACAUCCAGGUACUUUAUCGAUAGGAAUGAUGUGCAUUCAAACACCAGGUGGUGCUAUAUUCACUGCGACUCUUUAUUUCAGUAAAGGGUCUCAUUGGAGUUCUUGGAUCUCCUAUUUCUUUGCAUUUUUAUUGCAGGGAACAUUGUUAUCGUUGUGUAUUUACUAUCAAUACUUCAAAUAUCAUGGAGAAUUGGCCGAUCAACUCGAACGAGAAGCAAUUGACCGUAUUGUGUAUGAAAACACCACAACUUCAGAAGCAUCAGAACCUUUGCUUCAAGAAAGUGAAUCUUAG